CGAGCACGUACUCCUGAUUAGUCUCGUGUCUUGAUAUCGCGAUUUUAGCACCACUUCGAUAUCGCUAUUUGGAAUGCUACCAUCUAGCGUCAACAAAGUAGACCAAAAACGGCACGACUCGACGGCUCGACGUCAUGGGAAGUGAGAGAACAAAAAGACACGCGCUGCCCAUCGUAGUUCUUCUGUACCUUACAACAACGCGAAUACCUCCAUCAUCAUGGCCGCCAACAUCCUCGACCUUCCCCGUAACUUCUCCCUCUACACCAUCCCUGCCGCCUGGGCACUUUCCAUCGCCCCCCACUUCUACGCAGCCUCGCUGGGUAAAUUCGACAACAAGAACCCUCGCUCGUACACGCGCGACACCGAGGGCGACCAGAGCAUUGACAAAGCCACCAAGGCGAAGAUCGUCCGCGCCGAGGGUGCACAGCAGAACGGGUUUGAGAACCUCGGCCUGUUUGCUGCGGCGGUGGUGAUUGGUAAUGUUGCGAAGUUACCGAAUGAGACGCUGAACACGCUUUCGGCGGCGUAUCUUGCGAGCAGGGUCGCGUAUAAUGCGCUGUAUGUCGCGGGCACAACGGAUAUGCUGUCGAAUCUAAGGAGUGUGAGCUUCUUGACGGGCGUCAGCAUUAUCUUCACAUUCUUCAUCAAGAGCGGGAAUGUGUUGAGAAACCAGUUGUGAGCAGGGCCGAGGCUGCGUCACUACAGCGCUUGAAAGACGAGGGAAGU